AUGUCUGUUACUACAACCGCAAACCCGAUCACUCUAUCUCUCCAGCAAACACUCGGAGAUUAUGAAGUCCACGUCACAGGGGACUCUCAAGACACACGAGCGGUAGCAUCACCUAAUUCUAGACAAUCAGAUGUUGUCGCAAAUCCUCCGAACUGGCCUCGAGAUUAUCAUCGAAUACCUAGCCGCCGACCGGUGAACAGAAAUUUGGAUAUGUCUGAAAGGCCGCUUGGAUCAAAUCCUGGGGAGAAGCUGUUUCUUAAUGUGAUGUUUACUGGAGUAUCUUUGAAUGCUGGAGUAGCUCAACUUUGGGGAGCGACAGGAGGGAAGAUGAUUACAAAAACUUUCAAAUACGCUAUAGGAGGCGAGUGGUGA